AGAAUCAGUGCGUGGCAGGCAGCCUGGGUCGGACCAGCAGCUGAGGACAGAGAAAACAUCUGGAUCCAGAAAGGCAUAAUGUCGGAUUACGCGGAGCCCCCGCAGUGUCUCUCGUCCAGCUGUACUCUCGGUUUUCACGUGUGAGAGAAAUAACUUGACAACUCGAGACGACUCACGGUAUUUUUGACUAGGAAGCGUGUGGCCGAAGUUGUCAUCCAAGUUGUCUUUGCCAUGGAUCAAUCCGUCGCAAUUCAGGAGACUCUGGAAAGGGAAGAAAACUGCAUUAUUGCUGUACAAUGUGAUGUCUACUCUGAUGAUAUUACAGAAAGCAGACUGCUGGGAUUGGUGGAGUCUUCAAAAGAACAUGCAAUCUUUAUUUAUACCCAUCGAAGGAUGGCCAUUACUGCUGAUGAUGUGUCACUGGAGGACAUCGUACCCAUCUCCCUUGACUUUACUGUUGUGGAGGUGUCCUCACCAGAGGAACUUGCGGUUGUGGGUGCUGAUACCAGGGUGAGAGUAAGUUACCAGGAAGAGGGGUUAGAGCUCAGACUUCCUUUUGGGUCCCACUCGCGGCUCUUCCUCAGCGAGGUCAACAGGGCCUGGAGUGAUGUUUGCAAGUCUCCCUCACAGGUACCCAAAUUUGAGUGGAUCAGCAAGUAUCGCAAAUCCACCAAAGGCCAGGGAGCUGUCAAACAGGCCCUUGCACCCCUCGGCACAACACUCAAUAAACUCAACCAGCACCGGAAAACAGAGAAAUCAUCAGACAAAAAGGGAAGUUCAGAAGGGCAGAAAGGUUCAAACAGUGGCAUACAGACGUCCAGAGCAUCUUCCGUUCCAGAAAGUCAGGGCAUCUCCAGUCGUGAAGACCGGGAUGACCUGGUGCGUUCCUCCAGCCACACCCCGUCUAACAAAGCUCAGAUAUUGGCCAUGCCGCAGUUCGGCCUGCGAGACAACCUCAUCAGGUGUGAGCUGCUGAAGAGCGAAGAACUUUACACUUACCAAGAGCACUUCAGCUUUUUCCUCGGCACAUACAAUGUGAACGGACAGACACCGAAGGAAAGCCUCCGUCCUUGGCUGAGCUGCACUCUCAACCCCCCUGACAUAUACUGCGUGGGUUUCCAGGAGCUUGACCUCAGCAAAGAGGCUUUCUUCUUCAAUGACACCCCCAAGGAGCUGGAGUGGACAAAGGCUGUGUCAGAGGCCUUGCAUCCAGAAGCCAAGUAUGCCUUAGUAAAGUUGGUGCGUCUGGUGGGCAUCAUGCUGCUCUUCUAUGUGAAGAAGGAGCAUGCAGAGUUUAUCUCUGAUGUGGAGACUGAGACCGUGGGCACUGGCAUCAUGGGAAGGAUGGGAAACAAGGGCGCUGUGGCCGUCCGUUUUCGCUUCCACAACUCUGAUAUCUGUGUGGUCAACUCUCACCUGGCCGCCCACAUUGAAGAAUACGAGAGACGUAAUCAAGAUUAUAAAGACAUUUGCAGCCGUCUCCAGUUUCGCCAGCUUGACCCUACCCAGCCCCCGCUCACUAUCAUGAAGCAUGAUGUGGUUUUAUGGAUUGGGGACCUCAACUACAGGAUCAGUGACCUUGAUGUCGACAGUGUGAAGGAGCUAAUCAGCAAGAAGGACUUUGAAACAUUGCACACUUAUGAUCAGCUCAAGAGGCAGAUCGAUGAAGAGGCCGUGUUUGUUGGCUUUGUCGAAGGAGAGAUUGAUUUCCAGCCCACCUACAAAUACGACACCGGCUCUGACAAGUGGGAUACAAGUGAAAAAUGUCGUGUUCCUGCCUGGUGUGACCGUAUCCUAUGGAGAGGGAAGCACAUCAAGCAACAGCAUUACCAGGGUCACAUGGAUCUGAAGACCAGUGACCACAAACCAGUCAGUUCCCUGCUUGCCGUUGGGAUCAAGAGAGUAAAUAGUGAGUCCUAUAAGAAGACUUUUGAAGAGAUUGUUCGCAAUAUAGACAAAAUGGAGAAUGAAUGUAUUCCAUCUGUCACCUUGAUGAAGCGAGAGGUCCACUUUAAGGACGUGAAGUUCAUGCAGCACCAGGCAGAGAAGUUGAGCCUCUUCAACGACGGGCAGGUCCCAUGUCAGUUUGAGUUUAUCCAGAAGCCAAAUGAGUCCACAUACUGCAAGCCCUGGCUCACAGCCAACCCACCAAAAGGCUUCAUCGCUCAGGGUGCUUCUAUGGACGUAGAGCUUGAAGUUUUUGUGAACCGCUCAACAGCGCCUGAUCUUAACUCUGGCAAGCAGCAGAUCGAAGACAUCCUGGUGCUCCACCUAGAGCGUGGCAAGGACUACUUCAUCUCUGUGACAGGAAACUACCUGCCCAGCUGCUACGGCACAUCUAUCCGUUCACUGUGUCAGCUGAGGGAACCCAUCCAAGAGAUGCCUCAAAGGACCCUCCGUGAACUGCAAGAGGCGGAAAUGUCUGGAAAAGACAACGCAGCAAGCAUUGAAAAGCCUCUAGACAUUCCUAAAGAACUUUGGAUGAUGGUGGAUCACUUGUUUCGCUAUGCAAUCAAACAGGAAGACAUAUUUCAGCAACCUGGACUCCGGAGUGAAUUUUCAGAAAUAAGGGAUUGCCUUGACACUGGCAUGCCAGAUUCUCUCCUGGGCAGUAACCACUCAGUCGCCGAGGCCUUGCUUCUCUUCCUAGAUGCCCUUCCAGAGCCUGUGGUCCCCUACUCCUUUUACCAGCAGUGCCUAGAAUGCUGCUCCAAUGCCUAUCAGUGUGAGAAGGUUAUUUCCAUGCUACCUCAGUGCCAUCAAAAUGUGUUCAACUAUUUAGCUGCCUUUCUUCGUGAGCUGUUGAAGAAUUCUGCAAGCAAUCGAUUAGAUGUCAACAUCUUGGUCACCAUUUUUGCCUCCUUGCUCCUGAAGUCACCUAAGAAGCAGGACCUUGCAGAAAAGAGGAAGACUCAGGAGUUCUUUCAGCACUUCCUGACCCAAGGAUCCUCCUAGAUGGAGGACUUCUCCCCCCUUUGUCCUUAGUGCUGAAGCUGAACACUAAAAACUGUAUAGUCCAGUAUUGAAAUAAACUGUAAUGAUUUCUUA